AGGCCCAAGGUGGGCAGGGCAGCACCGGCUGCCCCCUCCCCUGCCAGGUGCGCCGUGCAGGCGCUAGGACCCAGCCCUGCUGCCCAGGUGUGCAUGCAGAAAAACCUGUCUGGGCUGGGGCUCCCGGCCUUCCUGGGCCUUGCGUCCUGGGGAGGGCAGGCAGGGCAGGGAGUCCAUGGAGGGGCCCCCCUGCGCCUGCAGGGACACAGACAGGACCAUGGGCUCCUUCGUGGAGCCCACCGAGGAUGCCCAGCAGCCCAGAUACCAGAAGACCCUGGAGCAGCCGGGCCCGAGUGAGCGGGCGCAAGGGGACGCCUCCAUCCCCGACAUGGAGCUGAAGGAGGAGUGGCAAGACGAGGAGUUUCCCCAACCGCUCCCAGAGGAUGGCUCAGAGGAAGAGCUGGAGGUGACCAGCACUGAGCAGUGCCCAGCAACCCCCAGCACCCUGGAGCUGUGCGGGAGGCGGCGCAUGAGGCGGCGGCUGGCUGCCCCAGCGCUGAGCCUGGCGCUGGAUGGGGCCGAGGGGUCCCCACGUGCAGCCGUGUCCCCCGGGCCCACGCCCGACGGCAGCCUUGAUGUGGACGUAGACGCACUGGACACGCCGUCCGAGAGCGAGCUCCUCGAUGGCUUCGAGUGGGAAGACGACCUGCCGCGGGUGCGGCGCCUGGCCAGCAGCCUGUCGGAGGGGCGUGUGGUGGACGUGGACGACCCUGAGGGGCGCCGCUGGCGGCUCUUCCUGUCCGGCGAGCAGGAGCAGAGGGUGGACAUGAGUGUGGUGGAGCCCUACACCCGCGUCAUCUCCCACGGAGGGUACCACGGGGACGGGCUCAGCGCCAUCAUCCUCUUCGCCUCCUGCUACCUGCCGGACAGCAGCGUCCCCCGCUACCCCUACGUGAUGGAGCAUCUGUUCCGGUACAUCAUCGGGACACUGGAGCUGAUGGUGGCUGAAAACUACACCCUGGUGUGUCUCAGCGGUGCCACAGCCCGCAGUCAGGUGCCAGCGCUCAGCUGGCUGCGCCAGUGCUACCAGACCAUCGACCAGCGGCUGCGGAAGAACAUGAAGGCCCUGGUCAUCGUCCACCCCACGUGGUACAUCCGGGCGCUGGUGACCCUUGUCCGCCCCUUCCUCAGCUCCAAGUUCAGCAGGAAGGUGCGGUUUGUGGACAGCUUGGGGAACCUGGCGCAGCAAAUCCCCCUGCAGCACGCACACAUCCCCGAGUGCAUCCGGCAGUGAGUGCCCCCCUCAGCGCGAGCAUCAGGGAUGGAUCCAAGCUGGGACACAGCCUCGGACGCGGCGCGGUGACCUCAGGAGGCGGCUGCCGGGCAGAAAGCAGCACCAGGGCUCUGCUCUAUGCCCCCUGCAUCUCUCUCCAAAGGACCAAACCCUGCGUGGGCCUGUGCGGACGGGUGCUUACAGCCAGUGCUUUGACCAUCGCUCCAGCUUAAACACCCGAUUAUUCUUUUUUUUAAGGUCCGAUCCACAGAAAGGGAAUAAUUUGCAUAUGCAGGCGAUGUGUCCCAUGCUGCUGCCUCAAUGCAGGUGGCCAUGGAGCUGGAUCCAGCUGCAGGAUCCCCCCACGAGCCGGCUGAUACCCCAGUCCCCGCAGCCAGGAAAACACAGCUCCCACCUGGACAUGGGGCAGGGAGAGGAGGCAGGGGCCAUGCCUUGGGCCAGCUUUUGAGAGUCCGGGGGGGUUUUCCAAGUAGCUCCAGAUGCAGGGAGAAACCAGAGGAGGCUGGAAAUACCAGCAAAAGGGUCUGACUGCAGCUUUCACAUCAGGCAGGGCCAGGCCAGCUCAAGACAGCAUUUCACCCAGGUGUUUAUUGGCACAAGUGCAAGGCAGGGAAGGAAAGCCUCGAGUCUUCCCCCCAAGCACAUCCCCGCUGGCCCAGUCUCUGGCCCUUCAUGCUGGGCAGCCGGUGGCCCUGACCCCGACCCCGGUGGAACCCGGGCUCUCCUGACACUUGGAAAGUGCUGGCUUCCCAGGCGAGAGGGAGCCCGAAGAGGCUAGGAUUUGGGGCUUGCGGGUCGUUGCAACCACCUGGAGGGGGAUUUGAACCCCUCCAAUGGGACCUACAUGUGCAUUUAGGUGCCCGAACCCUGUUAGCACCUGAUCUGAGGCACUUCGCGCCCUUGGGGAACAUCCCCCUUGCUCUGGAUGUGCCCGUAGCCAGGGCUUGAGUCACUGCCAGUCUGGACAGGCCCAACUCUGUACACCAGGGGUGUGCACACCUCGCAUCAGAGGUGGAGAGGGCCGGGCGGUGAUGGGGUUCGCUUGGAGCCACUGAAGUGCCCACGAUGGAACCGGGGCAGGGGUCCUUGCCCCAUCCCCACACUUCAGGCCCGUGUUGAAGCAGGGCUGUACUGAUGCCAAGGAGAAAUGGUGCAGCCGUGUUGGGCGCCUGCCUGGGCCAUGCCAAGUGCGGCUCUCGGGUCCCUGCCAGGGCCAGUGCCCAGUGCAAGGCUCUUUGCACUGGGCCACGUUUGCAUGGGGAAGGCAGGUGCUGGCAGAGGUCCGCAGAGACUCUCUGCAAGGAGAAAAGAAGCCCCGCACCACGAGGCACCCGCCUGAUGUCCAGCCCCCAGGCCACAAGGCACCUCUGGGCUGUGACCCUUUCUGCCCGCUGUGCUGGGCACUACACACCCACGCCAGGCUGCGGGCACAUGGGCUGCAGCGCCUCCGGCCCCAGGCCCUGCAGGUGCAAUCAUCUCACCCCCUUGGGAAAACUACCCCACCUUUCUGCAAAAUGUACCCCACCUCUCUGUAAAAUGUACCUCGUUGUCUGCAAAA